GCAAUUUACUCCCCGUCCUAUGCCAAGUAACUCUGCUUCACUGCUACUCUUGUCGUUCAAUAGAAAUACUUGUACACCGCCGCCCGCCCGUCGAUUAGCGCUAUUACCGCUUUAAACACCCAUACUGUACACACACAAGCACAUUUCAACCUAUACAUUGACGGUCUGGGCAAUUUAUACUAAAACAGCAAUAAUACAUGAGGACGGAAUAAUUCCAAAUCAAAAGCGACGUCGGAUUCUUUUUUCUUGUUAUCUUUAGCCACCAUAUCACCGUUUAACAUGUAACUACAUUCAUUGAUUCUGUAAGAAAGCGACGACUAUAAUAUAUAUUUUGUAUUUUAAUUUUAUUUUGUUUUAUAUUCAAGCACAUACGUUCACUCAACGUCACAAACAUUUUAUAUAUAUAUGUAUACGCACUCAGUUAUACAUAAAUUGGAGAAAAAAAAGAAACACUAUACACAUGUUUACGUAUAUGUUGACGGUGUUGAUAUAUAACAGCAAAAGAAGCGAUAGAUUUUAUGUGAGCUGAUCCUAAAUAUUCCGCUCUCCCGCCUUCACAUUGUACAUAUAGAUAUAUAGAUAUAUAUAUAUAUAUACGUAUAUAUAUAUAUAUAUAUAUAUAUAUAUAUAUAUAUAUAUAUAUAUAUAUAUAUACAUACAUAAAUAUAUAUAUAUAUACACACACACACACGAAAUAUAUUCCCACUGGAUUUUUAAAAUUUAUAUAUAUAUAUCUAUAAAUUAUAUAUAUAGAUAGGUAUAUAUCUAAAGAAACUACCCUUUUUUGUAAAGAAAACCCCCAAAAAAAUUACGAAAGAAAGGUGUUUUAAUCUAUUCUUUCUUGCCAUUUAUAUUUUUUCAAAUCAGUUUUUCUCAAUCGCUCAUUUCGGAAUUUCAAAAGGAAAGAUAAAUACAUACACACAUAUUUAUCUUAUAUAUAUAGAUUACAUCUGAGUGUGUAAAUAUAUAUAUGUCUGAUUGCUUUAUUGGAGUUAGUUUCCCUGUUCCUAUUGGUUCAUAAUCUGCAUAUAUAUAUUUAUACAUAGAUCAAAGUCGGAAUGGAAAUGCUACUUAAAACGACUUUACUUGUGUUCGGUCUGUUGUUGGCAGUACUACACAGCCAGGCCUCUACUACCGUCCCAUUGUCACAGGUAAGUCUUGAUAAAUUGGCACUUUUAAAUGCGCUGAACCAGGCCAACAAUGAAGAAGUUAUAGAUAUUGAUGAAACACAUGACAAUUUGCAUGACAUUUCAUCCGAUGGAAGUGGAGAUUCUGACAAUGAUGAAGAGGAAGAAGAAGAAGAAGAAAGUUCUGGAAAUGAUGAGUCGACAGGUUCAGGAGUUAUUGAUCAAGCAGAAAUCACCACUGUUACUGAUGCACCCAAGAUUAAGGCCCUGACUCGCUGCCAGAAACACCACAAACAGAAUCUAAAUCAUAGUGAAGAGUAUCUCCCUCAGUGUACAAGCAUAGGCGAGUACAAGAAAAUGCAGUGCAUGGUAAAUGUCUGUUGGUGUGUGUCUCGAAAUGGCAAGCUAAUUAAUGGCACCAAGUUGACAGAUGCUAAACCUGACUGCCACAAGGGAACUAAUUUGUCACCAUGUGUGUGGGAGCUUGUCAAACAUUCUAGAGGAUCGCCGGGGUCACUCCGUCCAAGUUGUACUGAGUCAGGAGAAUAUGAACGAGUCCAGUGUGAUGGCAACAAAUGUUGGUGUACUAAUAAACACGGAAAUAAGAUUAAAGGAAGUCAAGUCCAUCUUCCAAAAAGACCAGUUUGUGAUGCAGCUGUAAAAGCAGUAGAAGUCACAACUUUGAAAAAAAUAGUUGCUCCUCAGAUCACAACGACCACAGCAAAGACAGUUACUGUGAAAGGUGUAUUGCCUAAAAAACCAAAUGUUGAACCAAAGCUGUCAACUCCCCGUAUCAGUAUAUCGUCAGUUUCUACUUCAUCAAGUGAGAUGUCUUCAGCUCCAAAUGAUAAACCGAUACACGAACCCAGACCAAAUGAAAGUGCCACAGAGGAACCAGGUAUCAUGGCAGCCAUCAUUGCUGGUGCCGUUGUUGGUCUCUUUGUCUGUAUCCUGCUCACAAUGUUCAUUGUCUAUCGGAUGCGCAAGAAGGAUGAGGGCAGCUACCCACUGGAUGAGCCAACCAAGAGCAACUACUCCUAUACAAAGGCUCCUGACAAGGAAUUCUAUGCUUGAGGCGGCAAAGGAACACCACCAACACCCCCUCCACCAAACAUCAACUUCCAAGGCUUUAUAUGUAUUUUGUGGGGGGAGUUCCUUAAUUCUUCCGUUGGGGCCAUGGAAGCCUAGUGUUGAGCCUAACUACUACUACUAUUAUUACUAUUACAAAUACUACUACUAUUACAUCUGAUUACUGCUGUUUUGUUGUUUUUAUAUAUAUCUAUAUAUAUAUAUAUAUAUAUCUAUAUAUAUCUAUAUAUAUAUAUAGAUAUGUGUGUAUGUGUGUGUAUAUGUAUGUCUACAUACAUAUAUAAUUUUUCCAUCAUAAAACUUGACACACACAUUCACGCACAAAGAACUCAUAUACACACACACAUUUCUUACACAUGCAUGCGUGUUGCAUGCAUGCACACAUACACACAUACAUACACUCGUAAAAGAUAUAUACAUACAUAUUCAUUGAUCACAUGCUCAUUUCUCAUUGGCACAAAAACACACAUACGUACACAGACAUAUACAUAUGCAUAACAAUUACAGAAAUAACUACAACAACUAUAUGAACAACAAAACUAAAUGAAAAAACAAAAAUAACUGACAAAUGUAAAGAUUAUUAUUGUUAUUUUUAUUGUUAUUAUUACUAUUAUACUACUACUAUUAUUAUUAUUAUUAUUAUUAUCUCACUAAGAUAAACUUCACCUUUCAUCCUUCUGGGGUUGGUAAAAUAAAGUACCUGUCAAUACUGGGGGCAUUUUAAUUGACUAACACCUCAUAACCCCUCCCCCAAAUUUGUGGCCUUGUGCCUACAUUAGAAAUUAUUAUUAUUAUUAUUAUUAUUAUUACUUUUUUGUAAACAAAUAAUUUUAUCUGCUUAAAAAAUAACAAAAAGUGAAGAAAAAAGUUGAAAAAAAAACAUUUUUUUUAGCCGGAAUUAUGAAUGUAUGGUAUAGAUGACGGGGACAAGAGGGUGAACGGAGAGGGGAAAAUGUGGUUGAUGAAAGAUUUUCAAUAGAAAAAAUUGAGGGAAUGGUUUGGUUGAAAAAAAAAUACAGAAAAUCAAAUACAAAGUAUGAAAUUGUACAAAAUUGAUCCAAGAAAAACAUAACAAAAAAAUGUAUAACAAAAACAAUAGUGGGGGGUUGGAAUUGAUGGGGUGGGGACAUAAAGAGGAAAAAAUAAAAUUUUUUUUAAAAAUAAGAAAUCUCGUAAUCAA